GGCGCCAUUGGAGCCGGCUUGGCUUGUGAGCGCCGCUGAGGAGCUGGAGGUUGGACUGCAGUUACAGCCGCGUCCGCUCCUGGUUCCUGGCCCCUCAGCGGCAUGGCGUGCGGGGCGACGCUGAAGCGGCCCAUGGAGUUCGAGGCGGCGCUGCUGAGCCCCGGCUCCCCGAAGCGGCGGCGCUGCGCCCCUCUGCCCGGCCCCACUCCGGGCCUCAGGCCCCUGGACUCCGAGCCACCGCCGUCGCUUCAGAUGCAGACCCUACAGCCGACUCUGCAGCAGCCCGCCCCGCCCGGCAGCGAGCGGCGCCUUCCAACUCCGGAGCAAAUUUUUCAGAACAUAAAACAAGAAUAUAGUCGUUAUCAGAGGUGGAGACAUUUAGAAGUUGUUCUUAAUCAAAGUGAAGCUUGUACUUCAGAAAGUCAGCCUCAUUCUUCAGCACUAACAGCACCUAGUUCUCCAGGUUCCUCCUGGAUGAAGAAGGACCAGCCCACCUUCACCCUCCGACAAGUUGGAAUAAUAUGUGAGCGUCUCUUAAAAGAUUAUGAAGAUAAAAUUCGGGAGGAAUAUGAGCAAAUCCUCAAUACCAAACUAGCAGAACAAUAUGAAUCUUUUGUGAAAUUUACACAUGAUCAGAUUAUGCGACGAUAUGGGACAAGGCCAACAAGCUAUGUGUCCUGAAGCUUUCUUGCAUAUCUGGGUACCAGGUUUGACCUCAAGAGAUGGCUGCUGUACACUUUUUGCAACUGGUUUGAUAUCACAUUUCAGCUCCAACUUUGCAUCCUGAGAACACUUAAACGUUUCUGCAGGUCCAUUUUAUACAACUUGAAAGACCUUAAAACUUUCUGGUUGCCACAAGCAUAUCUUUCUUUUCUGCUCGUCCAAUAAACAGCUGUGCCCUACUGUGAUAGAUUUUCCAAACAAAAACCUGGAGCAGCAGUUUAGCAAAAUAUGCCUUCAGUGGCACUCAACAAAUGGAGUUUCCCCGAGCACAGUUCUGUAAGAAGUGUGUAUGAGAGUGUGUGUAUAUGUGUGUAUGUAUAUUUUAAGUUAUUAUUUGUAUUGUGCAAAUUUUUUUGAUCUUGGGGAUUCUGGCUGUGAAUUUGAUGCACGACAAUUAUGGUUAAAAACAUUUUUUGGUCUACAGAAGAUCAUUAAUGUUUUGUGACCAUAUAAGUUGUAACAGUGGAUUGUUUUAUGUGUAGGUAUUAUUAUUAAAUACAGGGACUGUUUCCAGGCACAGAAUAUGAAUCAUAAGUUAGGAUGGACAUUAGACGUGAUUAUGAUGAUGUAGUGAUGGUCUGCGGUCCUAGAUCUACAAAUGCGGUGAGAAAUUAAAACAAAGUGGAGAGACAGGCCAUUGAUGCAUGGACUCUGCCUAAUUGUGUUAGAGAAAUCCUUUGACUCCAAGCCUUAAAAUACCCACAUGGAGUCGUCGCUCACCUCAUUCACACAAUCAAAGAGCUCCCUGGACACUGAACCUCUAAAGGGAGAAUGUCUUCCCUGGAGCAGGAGCAUCAGGGUUUGUUCAAGAGCAUAAUGUAGGUGAGCAUGGGGCUGGGCCAGGCCCUGGCGGCACUGCUACCUGGGAGGAGCCACUUCACCUUUGUAUUGGUUAUUAAAAACAGAAUUUGGAUUCUUUGGUCAGGUUCCCCCAAAUUCUUUUGAGGUGUCCGUGUUCAACUGCUUGAGCUUUGUUUUGGCAACCCUCUGCCUGAAGUUGCUUAUUGGCUGUUCUUCACCUUGUCUCCAAGGUUGAGGAACAGAAAGUAGCCUCUGUUUUGAGGAGGUGGAAGUUAAGUAUACACUUAUUUUUUACUGUGACUUGUUCAGGACCACAUUUUACAAAAUGCCUUGUUUCCUUUAUUAUUGUUUCUGGAAAGGAAAGUUCUAUUAAAAUUGUUUUAGUUUGAAUAUAGAAUAGUUUUUUUAAUUAGGGCUUAUUUUGAAAAAUUCUGAGUUUAAUUCAAAUGUAUGCUGAUACCUUCCAAAGUAAGGUAAUAUUCAGAGACAGUCGUUCAGAUCAGAUGGCUUAGAGAAGUUCUUGGAAUAUUCACAUUGGAAGAUUCUUUAUUAAUGAAUGUCUUUGACUUAAAUCUAACCAAAAACUGCAACAUUAUUCUUUGUACAUUUUCAUUAUAUAGUGUUAACAAGCUUAGUUGCAAACAAAUAAAAUACUUAAGCUAUUUGUUUACCUUGCCUUCUUAAUACUGGGAUAACGUUUAUUAAUUCAAAUAACUUACAUGAGGUUGCUAUAUCCGUUUUCUCAGUUCAACAGUACGUUGAUGACUUAGAGACCUUUUUUUUAAAAAACCCAGCAGUGAUCUUUUAAUAAUUAAAUAAUGAUUUUACUUCAUAUUUGAAGGGCAGUUUGUUUCAUCUCUUCUUUUUCCAGGAUAGUCACUUGUUCCUGGAAGAGGAACAAAGCAGUGGCUGAAAUGGGAGUGGCCCUGCAGUGGGAUAGUCACACCAAAACAAGGAAAGGGCAGCUGUGGGGGCUAUCCAAAGUUGUGAAGCCUAAACUAGAAAUGGGGAAAGCUGCCUCACUGAAGUCUUGUUAUAGAUCAGUGUGAUGUGCUCACUCACUAUUGCAAAUGUCAGCCCCCAUUUCUACUAAAUGGCUUCUGGUUGGUAAGUAGAGUAGGUUUCAAUAAGAAAAAUGACACAUUCUCACUCUACUCUUUCAAGGCACCCAGUAUUGUUGGGCUAUUAUAUUAUAAUAUGAUUGCCCUCUGGGCCCACAAGGUAAGACCUCACCAACAUGUCUGGGUUUUGGGAUCUCCCCUAAAGAGACUGUACAUGUUUGUUUAGUGUUUAUAAUCCAGAGAAAAGACAAUUCUUACGACAGAAAAUGGGGACCUGUAAGUUAGGUCUUAGACUGGCAAAAGAAGGAAUUUUGCUCUAGACCUUGAUUUCUAGGGCUUUGAUUUAAGGGCACUGUAAGGAAGUGACUUCGUCCCAUGGAAAUCACAGCUCAAGAAAGAAGUCAGCCUACAAACACCUAUAAGGAUGGGCCAGGGCCUGUGGUUUUAUAACAGCUAUAUUUGGUGAGCUGGUUAAAAAGUUUUUCUCUAUUUUAAUUCCAGUUGCUAUUCUCUUUUAGUGAAGUCUUAAACUUAAGGGAAAUGAAAACAGUAAGUAUCCUUGCCUAGGUCAGAAGAGUUGAGGGAAGAUCAAAGCUCCUGAGGCAGAGGUAAUUGCUGAGAGCUCCCCAAGGGAAGAACAUCAGGGAAUACAAGAAUUCAGGUUAACCUUGCAUACAUGGUGAAUCUUCUCUGCCCACAAUGGAGAAUUGGUUGGAUAAUACAGUAGUUAAAAGAAAGGCCUUUGGGUAUUUGUAGCCCUGGAGUUUAGUCUCUGCUCUACCACUAAUUUGCCAUAUGAACCAUGCCAAGUUAGUGAACUCUGAGCCAUAGUUUUCUUAUUUGUAAAUGGGAAUUAAUAGCAUGUACAUCAUUGGGUUUUAUUUUCAAGUGCAAGAAAAUAGUCCAUGUAAAAAAAAGUAUUUAGCACAGCUUGGGGCAUAUAAUAUGAACUUUAGAAUGUCACUGCAGUUUUCUUUAUAGUGGUCGUCUUCAUAUCUGGAGACCAAAAUCUUCCUGUGUGCAGUAAUGAUUCUCAGUAUGAAUAGCCCCUUCUUAACAUCAAAAUAUCAUGGUCUCUUAUUAGAAUUUGUAUUUUUAAGUGUUU